CUUCCUUUCGAGGAUCAUUCAAAAUUCUAACCUCACUCAUUGUCUCGUAUAAAAAUUCGUAAUGGAUGCAUUUUUGAAGGGUAAAUCGGAAAAUACCGGUGGUCCUAGUAAAAAACCGAAACAUGAAGUGUGCCCCCAUGGUACCAAAUGUUACCGCCGUAACCCUCACCAUUUCAGAGAAUUUGAGCACCCGCAUUUAACAAAAUUACUCGAAAUGGAGAAAAUUGAAAUACCUUCAGAUUUCCCUUUAGAAAAGUCUGUUUAUUUGGAACAAUUGGACAUUUUGCGGCCCUUAUUGAAGAUAAAAGUGGAAAUGAAACCUAGCACUAGUUCCAGAAGUGAUACAAAGACUGUAGAACCCGGGACGAUGCUCGAAAAAUUGAAAAACGCAGCCCCUUAUAAUCUAUUUUUUACCACAAUUCCCAAGUCGGCAGAGACUCUCAAACACCCGACAUCCAUAACCUUUACAGAUUUGUUGUGCCCCAGUUUGGGUGAAUUAAAAUGCUCAUUACAAAUUAAUUUCAUGAUUGAUAUCAUGUGGUUGAUGGAACAAUACAGGGAACGCAAUUUGGGGAAAAAACCACUCACCAUUUUGUACGGCGACGAGUUCCCAAAAAUGAAAGAAUUCAUUGAGAAAUUUCUACCAAACGUUACCCACCAUUACGUCAAAAUGAAAGACCCGUUUGGGUGUCACCAUUCUAAAAUUGGAAUUUAUUUUUAUGAGAACAAUUCCCUUCGUGUUGUUAUCUCCACGGCUAAUCUUUAUUAUGAGGACUGGAACCAUUACAAUCAAGGGCUUUGGUUGAGUCCCCCUUGUCCCCAACUCCCGGAACCCGCCUCUGAAAAAUCCGGUGAAUCCCCUACUGGCUUCAAAGCGAGUCUUCUAAACUACCUGAAACACUACAAUUUACCAGUUUUAAAACCAUGGAUUGAUUAUGUCAAAAAGGCCGAUUUUAGUGCCAUUCGUGUGUUUCUUGUGACUUCAGUUCCGGGGAAACACUACCCGGAAUCGCAAGGGAGUCACGUGCACCACGUUGGUGAUUUACUAUCGAAACAUUGUAGUCUCCCUGUGAAGACAGGGCCGGACAGUGAGGGGCCCCUCUCGUGGGGGAUCAUCGCCCAAGCAUCCAGUAUCGGCUCAUUGGGGAAAUCCCCGGCUGAGUGGCUCAGAAGCACAAUUUUGAGGAGUCUCGCCGGUCAUAAACAAACCCAACUUGUCUCGAAUUCGAACGCAACUCUUAGUAUUAUUUUCCCGACUGUUGAUAAUGUCAUGAAUGGGUAUUUUGGGCCCGAAAGUGGGGGCUGUUUGCCCUACUCGAAACAAACCAAUGAGAAACAGCGCUGGUUGCAAAGUUACUUACAUCAAUGGAAAGCUGAUAAACUGGGGCGGAGUCGCGCAAUGCCCCAUAUUAAAACCUACUGUCGUGUGUCACCAUGUUUGACCAAGUUGGCUUGGUUUCUUAUCACCAGUGCCAAUUUAUCAAAGUCGGCGUGGGGUGGAAACUUACAGAAAGAUAAAGGGGCCUAUGUGAGGAGUUACGAGGCGGGAGUCAUGUUUCUCCCAAAGUUUUUCGACGAGGAAUAUUUCGAAAUCGAGACUUGUCUCAACGGAAAAAAUACUAAGUUGUUCCCCUUUAUGUACGACCUGCCGCUGACUGAGUACAAGUCCAGCGACUACCCGUGGUGUAAUUAAUUAACUUGGAAUGUUUUUAAGUUUGUAAAAAUAAAAGUUUCAAAAACCGA